UUCCUUUCCCUCAUUUUCUACUUUUUAUUUUUAACUUUCUUAUUUAUUUUCCGAUUAUUUCAUAUUUGUAUCAAAUAUCGCAUAUUUCGCAUCUUUCUUGUGAACACUGCAGUAUUUCGUCAUACAUUAGUGAAGCUUUUUAGUGGACAUUUAUUUGUCAAACGGGAGAAAAACAAAAGAAAGAUGAAGAAACUCUUUAGACUGAAAUUUAUAAUUAUUGCACUGUGCAGCACCAUUUUAGUUUUGUGUUACAACGGUGUCAAUGCUAUGGAAUGUUAUCAAUGUAACAGCCGCAAUAACAGCCAAUGCGCUGAUCUUGUUCCUCCAGAUACCAUGAAGAUAGAUUGUUCGAAUCUGAAAGAUGGUGCAAAGUAUACAAUGUGCCGAAAAAUUACACAAGUCAUCGAGUUUAGCGUUAAUGGCUUACCACCUGAUGUGCGAGUUAUUCGAGGAUGCGGAUGGGAUGAGUCAAAUUAUAAAGGGAACUGUUAUCAACGAAGUGGCUUUGGUGGUAGGCAAGAAGUUUGUUCCUGUUUGACUAACUAUUGCAAUUCGGCAACACCUGGACCUGGAAUGCUGCCUCAACGUUUCAUUUUUUCAUGCGUCCUGAUAAGCCUACUACUAAUGAUUCUGUGGAAUUAAAUGUUCUUAAAAGAUAUUUGAAUUCUCUUUGUAGAAUAUAGUUAUAAGAUUAUAAUAAAUGCUAGAUUAGAAAUACUAGAAAUAACAAUAUCAACUUUCUACUAACGUACAAUUAAACAGUGGGUAGUUAAAAAUAAUAAAAUAACUCGCGUUAUUAAAACGCGUAAAGAAAAAUCGGGAAAACAAUUUUCAUGUUAUACUGAAAAUCAAACGAUAAUCUCGUACCAAGUUCAUGUUUAAUGGUGAAGUGAACGAUCUAUAUACCCGUACUACCUACUUAACAGAUCUUUGGAUUUUCUAAUCUCAAUAACAACUAAAAUAAUAAAGUUCACAGACCUAUUCAAUAGCUUGGGUUUGCAUUAUAUUAAGAAAACGUACGUAACCUAUAACUGAGUUUUUUCUAUAUGUUACCCAUAAAUGAAGAUAUUCCGUAAAAUCCAAACUCAUAAAUUUUCGGUUAAGAAAUGUCAUCAUCAUGGUUGCAGAAAACUGUUAUACUAUCUUUUGACGCUUAAUAGUGUUGAUAACGCAUCUUUUUGACAUAAGGCAGCACAGUUGACAGUUUAAAUCAUAAGCCAAUUUAAACCAAUUUAUGUAUAGAAAUGGAACGUAACAAAUAAGAAGAAAAUACAUUUAAUUAAUGUUAAAGAGUAUAAUAAAAGUUGGUUAUCUUGGCGAGA